AUGGCUAUGCAGCUUGAUUUGUCGCAAGCUGCGGUGAUGAAGGAUGAACAGGGACGGCCGUUUAUCGUUGUGCGAGACCAGGGGAAAAAGAGGAGACAGCACGGUACCGAUGCCGUCAAGUCACAUAUCGUUGCUGCAAAGACAGUUGCAAACAUUGUGAAGACAUCUUUGGGGCCACGAGGCCUCGAUAAGAUUCUUAUCUCACCGGACGGCGAUAUCACAGUGACGAACGAUGGUGCUACAAUUCUAUCACAGAUGGAAAUUUCAAACAACGUCGCCAAACUACUUGUCGAGCUAUCUAAAUCACAAGACGACGAAAUCGGAGACGGAACAACUGGUGUUGUUGUCUUGGCUGCUUCGCUUCUAGAACAGGCGUCUGAAUUGAUUGACAAAGGAAUCCAUCCCAUUCGAAUUGCCGACGGCUACGAUCAAGCUUGCGAGAUUGCUAUUGCUGAACUUGACAAGAUUAGCGAUGAGAUCUCUUUCUCUACAGAAGACACAGAGAACCUGAUGAAAGUUGCGAAAACCAGCUUGGGCAGCAAGAUUGUGUCCAAGUCUCACGAUCAAUUCGCCAAAAUCGCCGUUGAUGCAGUCCUCUCAGUCGCCGAUUUGGAACGCAAAGAUGUGGAUUUCGAACUGAUUAAGGUGGAUGGUAAAGUUGGCGGUGCACUGGAAGAUUCCAUACUGGUUAAGGGCGUAAUCGUCGACAAGGAUUUCUCGCAUCCCCAGAUGCCCUCAGAGGUUCGGGACGCUAAGUUGGCUAUUCUCACAUGUCCCUUCGAACCCCCCAAGCCCAAGACAAAACACAAGCUUGACAUCACAUCGGUGGAGGAGUUCAAACGCCUACAAGCAUACGAAAAGGACAAGUUCACAGAGAUGAUUGCGCAAUUGAAAGACUCGGGCGCUAAUCUUGUGAUCUGCCAAUGGGGGUUUGACGACGAGGCCAACCAUUUACUUCUACAAAACAAGCUACCGGCUGUGCGAUGGGUUGGUGGUCCUGAAAUUGAAUUGAUUGCUAUCGCGACCAAUGGACGAAUUGUUCCUCGAUUCGAGGACCUUAACAGCGAGAAGCUCGGAACUGCUGGAUUAGUCAGGGAGUUGACGUUCGGUACGACUCGAGAGAAGAUGCUUGUCAUUGAAGAGUGUGCGAAUAGCCGUGCUGUGACUGUGUUUGUACGGGGCAGUAACAAGAUGAUCAUUGAUGAAGCGAAACGUUCACUCCACGAUGCGCUCUGCGUGGUGCGCAAUCUGGUCAGAGACAACCGCGUGGUCUACGGCGGUGGUGCAGCUGAAAUUGCGUGCUCUAUUGCUGUCGAAGAUGCUGCUGUUAAGAGCCCGGGUAUUGAACAAUACGCCAUGCGCGCGUUCGCUGAUGCCCUUGACGCGGUUCCCUUAACGUUAGCCGAGAACUCAGGAUUGAACCCUAUCGAGACUCUAGCAUCUAUUAAGUCACGACAAGUCAAGGAGAAGAACAGUCGGCUUGGCGUUGAUUGCAUGCUGACUGGCAACAACGAUAUGAGAGAACACUUUGCCAUCGACCCUCUGAUCGGAAAGCGCCAGCAACUCCUGCUUGCCACGCAACUAUGCCGGAUGGUUUUGAAGAUCAAUAAUGUCAUCAUCUCCGGCGAUGAUGAAAACGAAUUCUAG